AUGCCCCGCGAUGCCGGCAUCAACGGAUUCCUCCUCACUCUCAUCAAGCGCGGGGAUGCCGAUGUCUGGUUCGGCUUGCAUGAUCAGAAGAAUGAGGGGCAGUGGAAGUGGAUAGACGGCACCGCACUGGGGACUGGCUACACCGCCUGGGCACCAGGAGAACCCAACAACAAACGAGGCGUUCAGGACUGCGCUGUGUACUGGGCGGAAAAGAACUUCCAGUGGGAUGAUGAAAAGUGUGACAAGCAGCGUGGCUUCAUCUGCCAGUUCAAACCAUCAGGCGCUGAGGGAAAUUGA